AUGAGGUAUCAAUUGCAAGAAAAAGCAUUGCCUAAUCGAUCACAGCCAACAACUCGUAAUGGUACGAUGAUAUAUCCUGAUUUCAAUAUACAAAAAUCAAAAACUCUUGAUCGACUCGGUCCUGUAUCUGUUCAACGUGUUAAUCCAAGCAUAAAAGUUCAACCACCAUAUUAUGAUGAAUAUCUUGCUGCUGAGAAACAAAAAGAAGCACAAACAGGUCGAUGGGUGUUAAAUGUUAUAGCAGCAAACGAAGCAUAUCAAAAAGGACAUAUGACUAAUAGUAAUAAUAAUAAUCUGUGGUAUACAGAUUCUAAACGAUCAUCACAUAGUCUUAAUUCUAUAUUAAAAAAAUUCUUUUCAGUUCUAGAUCUCAAAUCCAUAUUAACUCCAUUAUCUUCAGAAAAUAAUUGGCUAUGUCCAAUGCAAAUGUUUAAUAUAACUGAUCCAUUAUGUAAUGGACAAGUUUCUUAUAAUUAUUAUUCAUGUUAUCAAAUGGCAACAUCAACAUCAUUUACUAUUCAAUUUGCUCUACAACAUGAUACAAUAUCUGGUCAUUGGUAUUUUGAUGAUAUUAGUGCAGUACAAAAUGAUAAUAUUCAACUUAUCAUUAAUGGUGGAUUUGAAUCGAAUUUAACUGGAUGGACACUUAAUAUUUCAUCAAAUUCUACACCAGAUACAUAUGUAGAUACAAUAACAAAUUUAGCUCAUACAGGUUCUGCAUAUCUAUAUGGAGCUUCGAAAUUCUAUCCGGCUUAUAUACAACAAACAUUUCAAGUUAUUCAAGAUGAAUAUAUUAAUAUAAGUUUUUGGUGGAGAUAUGAUGGAGGAUUAAAAUUAGGACACACAUGUCAAGCUAUUGGACAAUUAAUACCAUUAUUGUAA